UGUCAUUGUGCCAAAAGAAACCGUGGACGUGGACGUUGGCCGAGCCAGGGUCAAACAGUGUUUCCGGCCGUUGUCAAGCACUGACAUGAGCGAACCCCUCAACAGGCCCCCUUCACUCCCCUUCUUUGAGACGUUGCACGAUAAGGAGCUCCAGAACUGAUUCUGCUCCCUCGGUCAAUGAAGCUCUCGCGUGUCUCCCAUCUCUGAAAGCAGAUCGACUGGGCAGCUGCUACACUCUAACGCGCGACCGCUCGUUGCCAGUCAGCUUAUUCACGUUGCACGUCACAUCCGGGCAGGUCGACAUACUGCGUACGGAGUACUACCAGUCUCGCGGACCUGUAAUGAUGUAUCCGUCGGGCACCAUGCACUUGAUCCACAUAUCGUUCCCGGGGUCCGUUCUUGGGCUUGCAAACCCGCUCAUCGCGGCUCGCCUUGUCGCAGUAUGGAGUACGGUCAUCGACCAGACUCUUGGGUCGGACACACAGGCUGUGAACAAGGGCCUCACUUCAGCAUUACUGCGCAAUAACAUGUUGCGUUACAAAAACACGACGGUCGAUGAUGCCUACCGCUUCUCUUAUGUCUUUUGAGCGCCAAAUGGCAAGCAUUCAGAUUGCUCUUGCAAUACUGCCACAAUUCGA